CACAUCAAAGAUCUCAAGUCCCAUUUCUGGUUGCCUUUUCUCAAAAGCAAGACGAAAAUGGAAAGCUUUCGUUUUCCAUAUUGGGUAUAUCUUGCAAUGUAUCUCCUCGUUUCAGUUGUAUCCCAAGAUCAAUCAGGUUUUUACUAACUGAUUCUUUGUAUCUCAUAAAAGUCGUUAUAAUGAAGAAAGCCUAACCCUUUGCUCCUUAUAUUUGAUCAAAAUGUCUAAAAAUCUCACAGGUUUCAUUAGCAUUGACUGUGGAAUCCCAAGUGGAUCAUCCUACACUGAUGACACAACGGGGAUAAACUACGUCUCUGAUUCAUCCUUUGUUGAAACCGGAGUCUCUAAAACGGUCUCCUUCCCAGCUCAAAGACAGCUUCAGAACCUGAGGAGCUUUCCUGAUGGUUCAAGAAACUGUUAUACUCUGAUUCCAGAACAGGGGAAAGGCAAGAAGUACCUGAUUAGAGCCAGUUUCAUGUACGGUAACUACGACGGAGAAAACGGCUCACCCGAGUUUGAUCUGUUUCUUGGAGGCAAUCUCUGGACAACUCUGUCGUUAAACAGCACACCCGUCGCUGUGACCAAAGAGGUUGUUUACUUGAGCCAGUCUGAGAAAAUCUUUGUCUGUUUGGGGAACAAAGGCAAAGGAACUCCGUUUAUUUCAACGUUAGAGCUUCGGUUUCUCGGGAACGACAACACGACAUACGACUCUCCAAACGGUGCUCUGUUCUUCUCCAGACGCUGGAACUUUGGUUCCCUAACGGAUUCACCUAUCAGAUAUAGCGAAGAUGUAUAUGACCGAAUCUGGCUUCGUCGCACACUUGGUGCCCAAUAUAAAGAGAUAAACACAUCACUUCCAGUUACCUCGAGCAACAACAGUUACAACCUUCCAAGUUUGCUGAUGACCACAGCACUGACUCCCGUAAACACAAACACAACAAUCUCCAUGACGUUGGUAGACCCUGAUCCAACUGUCAGAUACUUUGUCUAUGAAAGAAUAUGCCAAAGGAUAUUCUUAUAUCUCAAAUAUACUCUCCUGUAAUCUAGGAAGAUAUUAGCUGAUUGUAACCAUAACAUGUAUAUAAACACAUGUAAUCUCAUUGAAUAAGAUAAGGGAGAUAUUCAGACUUUCAUGGUAUCAGAGCAAGUCUCAAUCUGAUACUUCUCUUCUUCGUUUCUUUUCUUUCUUUUUCAUACGUUUGUGCUCACGUCUGCUCUUCUACAACCUGUUGCCAUGGCUGCUGCUGCUGCGCCAGUUGAGAGAGCCUUCGGUGUCACAAACAUCAAACAUCACAUUCCGCUCGUACUCGAUCAAGAUGUUUUCAAUUACGAUGCGUGGAGAGAACGCUACUAUGUUCUGUUUCUUGACGAUUACACACACUAUUUAUGGGUUUAUCCGAUUCGACAUAAAAGUGAUGUCUUUGCAAAGUUUUUACACUUCUCCUCUUACGUCAAGAAACAAUUUCAGGGAAACAUCAAAGCUUUUCAGUGUGACAAUGGGGGGGAAUACAAUAACAAAAGAUUUCAUGAUCACUUUGCUUCCACUGGCAUUGUUUUCCGUUUUUCUUGUCCUUACACUUCUCAACAAAACGGAAAAUCAGAAAGAAUGAUAAGAACUAUUAACAAUGCUAUUCGUGCUCUUUUGUUUCAGUCUCAUCUCUCUCCUUCGUAUUGGACAGAGGCUCUCAAUGUGGCCGCUCAUAUCAUCAACAUUUUACCUUCCUCUUCCUUAGGUAACAAAACACCACACUCUGUCCUCUUCGGUCGUGA